GAACCCCUCCCUCCCUCCCGCUCUCUCUCUCGGAGACAGGACCGUAUCCCAGCACCGAGCAGCCCGCCGAGCAUGGAGAUCGUUUGGGAAUUACUCCUUAUGCUUCACGCCAAUCUGUUUCUCUCGGUCUCAGCUCAGCACAACUCACACAAAAUCAGUGAAGGAUGGUGGGCGUACAAGGAGGUGGUGCAGGGGAGCUUCGUUCCUGUUCCCUCGUUCUGGGGCUUGGUGAACUCAGCCUGGAAUCUGUGCUCUGUGGGGAAGAGACAGUCUCCCAUCAACAUUGAGACGACCCACAUGAUCUUCGACCCCUUCCUCACUCCGUUGCACAUUAACACAGCAGGACGGAAGGUCAGUGGCACAAUGUACAACACCGGACGGCACGUGUCCCUCCGGCUGGACAAGGAGCACCUGGUCAACGUCUCGGGCGGCCCCCUCACCUACAGCUACCGCUUGGAAGAGAUCCGGCUGCACUUUGGCAGCGAGGACAGCCAGGGCUCGGAGCACCUGCUCAACGGACAGGCCUUUUCUGGAGAGGUUCAGCUUGUACACUACAACCACGAGCUUUACACCAAUGUCUCUGAGGCGUCCAGGAGCCCUAAUGGUCUGGUGGUGGUGUCCAUCUUUAUAAAGGUGUCAGACACGGCGAAUCCCUUCCUGAACAGGAUGCUUAACAGAGACACCAUCACACGGAUCACCUACAAAAACGAUGCCUACUUGUUGCAAGGUUUAAAUAUUGAGGGGAUUUACCCAGAGACCCCCAGCUUCAUAACCUACGAGGGCUCGAUGACGGUGCCAGCUUGCCACGAGACCGUGACCUGGAUCAUCAUGAACAAACCCAUCUACAUCACUCGGAUGCAGAUGCAUUCGCUACGAUUACUGAGUCAGAACCAGCCGUCGCAGAUUUUCCUCAGUAUGAGUGACAACUUCCGGCCCGUCCAGCCUCUGCACAACCGUUGUAUUCGAACUAACAUUAACUUCAGCCUCCAAGGGAAGGAUUGCCCCAAUAACCGAGCGCAGAAGCUUCAGUACCGAGUUAACGAAUGGUUGCUAAAAUAGACAGCCAGCCACCACGACAUUUAUCGGAAGGUAACGCAGGUGAGACCAUCGAGCUAUGGAUCUGCAUUACAAGGAGAAUUCCCGUCAAGCCCUCAUGGCAGGGUUUGACCUUUUACCAUGACCUUGGAGACAGAAACUUUUGAUACGUGGACGGACGACAUCAAACCAACUUUUAAGGUGACCAGAAAAGUACAACUAGACUUAAAAUUAUUAAUUUUAGAGUUGGGGAUAUUAAACUAAACAAAUCAUUUAUCAAGUGACCAUGGUUUUGAUACAGUUUUGAAGUCGGGUGGGGGAGCGUUGGGUAGAGAUUGAAAAAUAAAAUCUAUAAAUUUUAAAUAUAAAAAUUGAAAAUGCUGGAAUCACUCAGCGGGCCAGACAGCGUCUGUGAGGAGAGGAACAAACUGAAGACCUUUAACUGAGACAUUCACCUGCCAAUUUGACGGCAGCAAGACCUGCUGCAGUUGGAGUUGACCAGAGGGGAGGAGGUGGUCUUUGUUUGAUUGUAGACGUCCUGCUAAAAGCACAGUGUUCAACACCUGCCAGAGAGAGGCAAAACUACCAGUGGAUGUGUCCGCGUGUUCCAGCUGAAAUUUCUCAUGUCCAUUACGUCAUCCAGCGUGGUUUCCCCGAAUCCCGAACCGGGGAGGGGUGGGGCGUCCUGGGGGAUUGAGGGAGGAGUGGAGCGGGUGCUGAGGGUGAUGACGGUGGAAGAGAAAUGCUUUUGAUAUAUUAGACGGGAGAGUCACGCACUCUGACAGCGAACCUUGUAGAUGGGUGGCCACAGGAAGGGGGUGAGGUCAGGCAUUGUGGGGGGGUUGAGAUGGCAGCACACUCCCUCCCUCCCUCCCUCCCUCGGGUACCAAUAGGCUGACGCCUUUUAUGUUAAUUGUUUACACUGUUCAUACACACUGUGUUUGAUUUUAAUGUCAAGA